CCUUGGACCUUCGGAGACUGAACUGCUGAUUUAGGCCGUGUAGUGAUGCGGCCUGGCUCCCGGCCACACCCGAGAGGGCCGAGCCCCCACACCGGACUCUUACACGUGGUGCCUUCUCUGAGGACCUCUCGCCCAGGAUGUGGGCGCGAGCUCUUGACGCUGGUGAAAAGGGGGCCGCGGGAGAGAGGCCUCCCGCCAGAGAGAUGGAUCUGUCCCAGCUCCUGCCCUCAUGACGGAGAGCCAGGAGCGACAACAGGCAGCCCAGUCGCAACAGCAGCAGCAGCUCGUCGAGCAGCUAGGUUCGCAACAACGGCAGCUCAUUCAAGACCUGGUUACCCAGCACCAGGACUUCCAGCGGCAAUGUGUCCAGCAGCUCGCAGCCGUGCUGACUCGACCAGGGGAACCUCAGCCAGGAGAUGCUGCAGGGGCCCCGCGGCCCAGCCCCCCAAUUCGGCUGACGAAGAUGUGGCCCGGCGACGACCCCGAAGCCUUUCUCGUCACAUUCGAGCGGGUGGCCAUCGUCGCGGGCUGGGCCCAGGACCAAUGGGCCACCAUCCUGGCCCCAUACUUAACGGGGACUGCUCAGACGGUCUAUCGAGGCUUGUCUGUGGAGGCAGCCCAGGACUACAGCCAGGUGAAAGCCGCUAUCCUAGACACCCUGGAUGUGAGUCCAGAGACCUACCGACAGCGGUUUAGAAGCCUGGCGUAUCCUCCAGGGGCCCGACCUCGGAUAGUGGCCCAGGAGCUUCGAGAGACCUGCAAUAAGUGGCUACAGCCCGAACGCCGGACAUCAGAGGAGCUGAUGGAGCAGGUAGUAUUGGAGCAGUUCGCCCAUGUACUCCCGCCGCGAGGAAGAGCCUGGGUCCUCCGCCAUAGGCCGGCGACAGUGGCCGCGGCCGUUACAUUAAUGGAGGACUUCCUCGCGGCUGAAACCCCGCUGGGCUCGGCUGGCCGGACCGCCCCGCCCCGGACGGAGCACCCCAACCCAGAAAAGAAGGGUGCACCCACCCUCACAGACGUACGAGUUUCCUCCCGUGGAGCGGAGGCCCGGACCCGUACCGCCACGUCCUCCAGGAGACCCGCUCGGACCCCGGUUCCCGCAGAGAGAGGGGACUACCGGAACCCGCCUGGAGGUAACCCCGGGACCCGGUCACGGACGGGACGAGCAGACCUGGGGCCCUGUUUCUCCUGUGGAGAGUAUGGCCAUUUACAGCGGAACUGCCCAGGACUGGAGUGUACCUUUGGCCAGGUUUACUCAUGGGAAGGCCGUGCCCGGCGUUGGCAAGCGGCCAAGAUCACCAUGCCCGUGGUCGUUGAGGGGCGCCCGACGGUGGUCCUCCUCGAUUCAGGCUGCGGCCAGACACUGGUCUGCCAAACCAUGGGCCCGCAGGCUGACAACCGCCUGGGGAAGAUUCAGCUGCAGUGUAUCCACGGGGAUAUACGGCCCUACCCAAGUACCAGGGCCCAACUGACUAUUGAUGGGGUCACCCAGCUGAUGACAGUGGGACUCGCUCCACGGCUGGCGUACCCGGUGAUCCUGGGUUGGGACUGGCCCGAGUUCCCCGCCGUACUACGCCGCCACGCUGAGGGCAGCCCGCAGGUCACGCCAGCCUUGGAAGGGGAGGCCCCAGAGACUGAGGAAGACGAGGUGAAAGCCCCCGACCACACCAACCCGACGGAAGGACGUGAAGAUCCUCCCCCCGGAGUGGGGGAGGAUCCCUCGGCGCCCACAGACUUUUGCCGGGAUCAACAGGCCAACCCUACACUCACGCGGACAUACGACCAGCUGGCCUCCGUGGAUGGGACAGUCCUCGACCCCCAUCGAGCGGCGCAGUGGCCGCACUUUGAGUUGCGGCAGGAGCGCCUGUAUCGCGUCGAGAGGGACCCCCGCAAGUGGGAUACCCGGACACAACUCCUCGUGCCUCGGUGUCACCGCCGGGCGGUCAUGAAACUGGCCCGCGACAUCCCUGCGGCCGGGCACCUCGGUCACGAGAAGACCCUGGCUCGGAUCCUGGGGCGCUUCUUCUGGCCAGGGGUACACCAGGAGGUAAAGAAUUAUUGCAACUCUUGCCCGGAAUGCCAGUUGGCUGCCCCAGCACGAACUCCCAAGGCACCGCUGGUCCCGAUGCCUCUGAUUGAGACCCUCUUUGAACGUGUGGCCAUGGACCUGGUGGGGCCUCUCCCUAAGAGCAGCGCAGGGUUCCAAUACAUUUUGGUGAUAAUGGACUAUGCUACCAGGUUCCCCGAAGCAAUCCCUCUCCGGACCAUCACAGCCCGCACCAUCACAGCUGAGCUGGUGAAGGUCUUCGCCCGUGUCGGCCUGCCCCGGGAGAUCCUCACGGAUCAGGGGACCAACUUUACGUCACGGCUGCUCCAGCAGGUGUGCGAACUCUUGGGGAUAAAGCAACUCCGGACGUCCGUUUACCAUCCCCAGACAGAUGGGCUGGUUGAAAGAUUCAAUCGGACGCUGAAAGAGAUGUUGCGUAGGUUCCCCCAGGAGGACCUUCGCCGAUGGGACCAGCUCCUUCCACCCCUGCUCCUGGCGGUGCGGGAAGUCCCCCAGUCUUCAACCAAGUUCUCACCCUUUGAGUUGCUGUACGGUCGGCGACCUCGGGGCCUGCUGGAUCUCAUGAGGGAAACCUGGGAGCAAGCCCCAUCGCCGGCCCAGGGCCUCUUAAAGUACGUACUCCAGCUUCAGGAGCGCCUUAAGCAGGCGGGGGCCCUGGCGCAGGAGAACUUGAAAGCCGCCCAGGACACGCAGGCCCAGACUUAUAACCGGGACGCCCAGACUCGGGACUUUCAUCCCGGAGACCGGGUAUUACUCCUUCUUCCCUCCAGUGAAUCGAAGAUCCUGGCCCGGUGGCAAAGGCCAUAUGAGGUGGUUCGGAAGGUGGGCCCAGUUAAUUAUGAAAUCAAUCAGCCGGACCGGAAAAAGAAGACCCAACGGUACCAUGUCAACCUCCUCAAGCCCUGGCGGGAAUGUGAAGGUCUCCUGAUCAACCCCUACCCGCCAGAACCUGAGCUAGGACCCCAGGUAGCCCAUACCGAGGACCCCGGGGAACCCCAGCUCGGGGAGACCCUAACAGACGACCAACUCAAGCAGACCCGGUGCCUCCUGCAAGCCUUUUCCCGCACCUUUACGGGCCAACUGGGAUACACCACCCUGGUAUACCAUAGGAUCCAGACAGAGCCUGGGGUGGUGAUCCGGGGUGCGACCAGGCCCUUGCCGUAUCACAGGAGGCAGGUCGUUGAGGAGGAGGUACGAGCUAUGCUGGAUCUAGGGGUGAUUGAACCAUCGCAAAGUGAAUGGCGCAGCCCUGUAGUGCUGGUACCGAAGCCCGACGGCUCACAGAGAUUCUGUAUCGACUUUAGGCGCGUUAAUGCUAUCUCCAAGUUCGAUGCCUAUCCCAUGCCUCGGAUAGAUGAGCUGUUGGCCCGCUUAGGGGAGGCCCGCUAUAUCACCACCCUUGAUCUAAGCAAAGGGUACUGGCAGAUCCCCCUGGAACCAGCCUCCAGGGAGAAGACUGCGUUCGCCACACCCACGGGACUAUACCAGUUUACCCGGAUGCCCUUCGGCCUCCAUGGGGCUCCGGCCACCUUUCAGCGCCUAAUGGACCGCCUCCUCCAGCCACAUCAGGACUACGUGGCCGCCUAUCUAGAUGACGUGGUCAUUUACAGUCCUCGGUGGGAGAACCACCUAGAAAGGGUCGCAGCCGUCCUGAGGUCCCUGCGGAAGGCCGGGUUAACAGCCAACCCUAAGAAAUGUCGCAUCGGCUGACAAGAGACCACGUACCUGGGGUAUACUAUCGGGCAUGGAAGGUAAAACCUCUUGUCGGCAAGGUCCAGGCCAUCGCAACCUGCCCCCCGCCAGCCACGAAGCGCCAGGUGUGCCAGUUUCUGGGGCUGGCAGGGUAUUACAGACGAUUUAUUCCUCAAUUCACGGCAAUUGCAGCCCCCUUACCGGGGCUCCUGACAAAGGAUAGCCCGCGGCAGGUGAAAUGGACCCGCGAGUGCGACGAGGCCUUUCAGACACUCAAGACGAGCCUCUGCAGCGAGCCAGUCUUGUAUAGUCCUGAUUUCCACCGGACAUUUGUUUUACAGACAGACGCCUCGGAAGUGGGACUCGGGGCCGUCCUUUCCCAAGAAAAAAACUACGCGGUGGUCGAAAAGGAAGCCCUCACUGUGAAGUGGGCCUGUGAAGCCCUGAGGUAUUACAUCCUGGGAGCCCCCUUCACCUUGGUCACCGACCAUUCCCCUCCAGUGGUUGGCUCGCAUGAAGGACCAUAAUAUGCGGCUGCAGCGGUGGUACUUGGCCCUGCAGCCCUAUGACUUCACUGUGCGCCAUCGGGCCAGGAAGGACCAUGCUAACGCGGACUUCCUCUCCCGGCUGGGGGGUAUGGAAGGGGCUGGCCCCGCUGCACGGGAGCCAGCCUUGAGGGGGGGGGCGUGUAGUUAGGCAGCCUGGCUCCCGGCCGCACCCGAGAGG